AUGUGGAUGGCUCCUGCCAAGCCCCUGGGCGACGCGCAGAUCCUGGACGUUCUGCACAGUUUCGAGGCUGAACCAUACGUGGCUCAUUCCAUGUUUGUGGUGUCUUUGCAGGGUGUGAAAGAAGAGGUCACGGAGAAACCAAAACGUGCUCCGACCGCAGACAAAGCUGGCUGGAUUAAGAAAAGCAGUGGAGGUCUUUUGGGAUUAUGGAAAGAUCGUUACAUCCUGUUAUGUAAAACGCAGCUACUGGUGUAUGAAGAUGAGGAGGAACAGAAAUGCUUAGAAACGGUGGAACUGGAGAGAUAUGAGAAGUGCCAGGAUCUGCGCGCUCUCUUGAAAAGGAAAAACCGUUUCAUUUUAAUUCGAUCCCCGGGUAAGAAGGUCCAUGAUAUCAAAUUUCAGGGGCAGAAUGCGGAAGAGAAAGAAUCAUGGAUGAAAGCCCUGAAUGAAGGGAUCAGCAGAGCCAAAAAUAAAAUCCUUGAUGAGGUCAAGGUAGAUCAGAGCCUUUCCCUGGAACAUGUGACUCGAGACAGAGUGAAAGUGAGUCAUGGGCGCAGACCACCCACCAGAAUUCACCUGAAAGAGGUUGCCAAGUCUACAUCGGAUGGAAUCUUGAGGCUGGAUCUGGAUAUAGUAGAUAAUGGCCCCCCAGACUUCACCUUGACUGUGAGCGAUAAUGAGAACGUCCCUCCUCCAAAGGAAACUCCAAAGCCACCUAUGCCUCCUACAAAGCCCAGUGUCAUGUCAGAGAAGCCGAGUGCGGAUGACAGCGUUGCUGAUCAAGAGCUUAAAAAGCCUCUGUUGCCUCCAGCUAAGAAGUUGAAGGCGAGUACACCGUCAAAGGAUGAUCUAAACAACAAGGACGUGGGUUCAGUCAGUCAAGGUGAAGAGAGUGAAGAACCUAAAGCCUCAGCAGGGGACAAUGAAGAGAAUCUCAUGGAGGUCAGCGACAGCAGCACGGCAAAGCCUCCGAUUCCUCCUCCUAAAAUCUUAUCGGACAAGCUGAAAGGGGUCAGUUGGGAUGAACCAGCCCCUCACCCUCAAAGCACAGAAGGUUUGGAACCGUCCAAAGGUGGCAGUCAAGAAUACCUCACAGAGGUGGUCACAACGGCUACUGUGAAACCUCCACUUCCUCCUAAGAUUUUAUCAGAAAAAUUGACAGCAAGUAUGGAUACCACCCCGAGCAGUUUAGAGGCGAAGAGUUCAGAAGGCAAGGAGCCCCAUGAUUCCACCUCCCCCAGGGAUGGAAUGGAAGAUGGGGAAGUGACAGAAUCCACUCCCCAAAAAGUAGAGCGUGAAGAAGGAAGUGAGAGAGUUGCUGCUGAGAAAGAGGAGCCGCAAACAAUACAGGAACAAAUAAAGACUUCCUUAGAUACCGAAGCAAAGCAGGAAAGUACAGAGGUUCCUAGUAAAGAGAAAACACUUUUACCACAGACCAUAGCAAAUCCCUCGCCUUUCAGAACUCGCUGUGCAUCUCUAGGAGAUCUGCUGAAUGAAUCGAAAAAUGCAGAAAAAGAACUUCUGAGUCCAGGCUUCCGCAAGGAGCCCCAAUCCUGCCUGGCUAAAAUGGAGGAGAAAGUGGUUUGCGAAAGGGAAAAGACAGAAAAACUUCUGCAAAAGGUUUUACGCCAAGAGUUAGAACAAGCACAGGAGGGAAAUGGACCCCCAGUAAACGCAGAGACAUUACUCAAUGAGGCAGUAGAGCAGCUUCGGCAAGCAACACAAGUCCUACAAGAAAUUAAAGGGUUAGGAGAACUGAAUAAGGAACCGACAGAGAAACAGAAAGAAAAGCCGAAGGAUCUAGUAACUCUUUAUAGGAGAAGUGCUCCCUGA